GCGCCCAUGAGGGUCCCGCGCCAGAGCAGGACGAUCGAUGAGAGAUGGCUCCUUUCGUCCACGGUCCAAAUGAAGUCAUGGAGUAGCCACCGUCAAGGAUCAGGCGAGCCUUGUGAGAUGACCGAUUCUGCCGAGUGGGAAAGUCACGACCCGGUUGUGGGACUGUGAAUGUCGAGUGGAGUGGUGAACAUUGGCCGGGAUGUGCGAGCGGAAAGGGUGGUGGAGCGGCCGCGGACGGUGUCAGAACUCGGGAACUUGGCGCGGACAAUGUUGACACCGACAGAAGUUCCGUACUCGGUUGGCUUUGAGCAAUUCGAAAACUGUCAAGUAGUGACCCUGGAUAUAAGUGACUCGUCAGCCACUAAGUGCCUGAAGAGGAACAUCUUGAACAGCUCUCAAAAAGAGUUCAAGAGUUUGCUACUUGGUACCAGAUCUGCUCAACGAAAGAAGCGCCAAUCACGACGAUGCAUGCCUAUGGUCAACGUUAGCCGUGGCCCAGGUGUGGAAUCAAAUGUGUUAAAGUACCUUGUCGGGAUGCAGAGAAAGCCAAUCACCAGACCAGUCCCGUCUCUCCGCCUCGCCCACCUACAAAGCAGUUUAAGGUCGUGCUCAGGACCACAGGAAAAAUCUAUCACACUCGGUCAAUUCACAGUUGAGAUUUUACGGCGUUGACCGAGUGGAAUCUCAGACAAGUGGCACUUUGAUCCUAGAGCCAAGCUGUCCUUGAACAUCAUUCUAUGCAGAGUUGAAAAGUCAACUGUCAGACACCUGACCAAAUCACUCACAUCUUCAUCAAAAGAAUUCCGUGUCGCCACCAAAGUGAGGGGUUUUUUUUUUAUUUGGAAGACAACUUCCCAACGCUUUUGCUACUUUACAUGACAAAAAAGGAGAAUUAGAAAAGAAAUGUCCUAGUUAGAGAGGUCAGCUUUUGAUUCUCGGCGGGAUAUGCCAGAUUGUGGGUUCUUACCUUCCACCAAACCACCAAGAAUUU